UAUUCGGUAUAUACCAUACACUCCCUAAUCCAGGACAUCGACCCGUACCUUGAAGCGGAGAUGCGAAUCGGCGUUCGAGUUGCACGGUCGCUCUUCGCUUCUCCCGAUUUACCACCGCCGGUUUUCGCUACUCGCGCCCUUCGCAGCAAGUUUUCCUUCUCCGUCUCUUGUCCCGAGAAGGAACAUGUGAUAGUCGAAGAAAGUGCCAAUUUUUUGCGAUGGUUGAGAGGGAAGACUGGUACUGAUAUAUCUUCAGUGUUGGCACUUGGAAAUUCCACGUAUGGCAGGUCAUUGAUUGCAUUAAAGAAUAUAAAAGCUGGUGAUUGCAUAUUGAAGGUUCCUUAUCUCGCUCAAAUAACUUCAGAAAGUCUCUCUUCGGAAAUUGAACAAUUACUUCCUCGCAACAUUGGAAAUGUGUCAUGGGUUGCUAUAGUUCUCCUAGCAGAAAAAAAACUUCGACAGAGUUCUGAAUGGUACACCUAUCUCAACUGUCUUCCUUGCAUGGAUGAGAUGCAUAAUGCGAUAUUUUGGAGAAAAGAUGAGCUAAAAAUGAUUUGCAAGAGUCCAGUUUAUCAGGAAACUAUCAGCCAACAAGCUUACAUAGAGAAGGAAUUCUCAGCACUUAGACCAGUUCUGGAAAUGUUUCCUGAUGUUUUUGGCAAGGUUCUUUUAGAGAAUUUCAUGCAUGCAUAUGCUUUGGUUUCCUCACGAGCAUGGGAAACUUCUAAGGGUGUAUCAUUGAUCCCAUUUGCAGAUUUUCUCAAUCAUGAUUGCAAGUGUGGUGCUGUUUUACUAAGUGAUGUAGAUAAAGAAAUCUCUGAGGUUAUUGCUGAUCGUGACUAUGCUAUUGGUGAGCAGGUUAUGAUAAGAUAUGGAAAGUUUUCAAAUGCUACACUGCUGCUGGAUUUUGGGUUUACUCUUCAGCACAACCUAUAUGAUCAGGUUCAGCUUCAUAUGGAUAUACCUUUACAUGACCCCUUAUAUGCGACAAAGACAGAGCUUGUGGAAAAACAUUGCUCUCCGAGGAUCUCAAGUGUUGAUAAAUCCAAUUCAACGGGGAACUUCUUUAUUAUCAAGGAAGUCAAAUCUGCUAGUAGCAAGGGAAAGGGCAUUCCUCAGGCGCUUCGUGCAUUUGUUAGGAUUUUAUCUGCUACAUCAAUUGAAGAGUUGCAAGCUUUGCUCGCUGAAGCUGCUGAAAAUGAUGGUCGGUUGGCUCGGCGCCCAUUAAAGAGCAAGGAAAGAGAAGUUCAAGCUCAUCACAUCUUGUGUUCACGACUCUUCCUCAUGAUCGAGGGCCAUAAUACUGCUCUAAAGAUGCUUAAUUCUCAGGAUGACACUGAUUAUAAUCUUCGGCCAUCUAUUAGAACUCGAAUGGCAGUAAAUCUUCUCAGUGGAGAGCUGCGAAUUAUGCAGUCUGCUUACAACUGGUUGGAAAAUUACUGCAAAAGAUUGUCAGGAGCCAAGGAAGAAGAUGCAUUGCCCUUAUCUGCCGACACUGAACUUGGUUGAGUUUCUCAAAUUUAGUUUAGUUACAGCCUUUAUGAGCAUUGAUUAUUCAUGAACAAUGUUUAUUCAUUUUUUGGAGGGAAAAAAAACCCUGCUAGGUUGUCUAAGGUCGUUUUUUUUAAAAUUUUAAAAGAAAUGCAUUAUCCUUUUCUAUC